GGAUUUGAUUCAGCAGCUGCACCAAUUUGUUGAUGAGCUAUGGUAGCCGCAGAAAGGGCAUCUUGAUAGCAGUUUGAGCCAUUAGCUCCUUUUUGUACCCCGCCCAAUUUUGGCGGUGGAUAUAAAAGUUUCUAUGAACAUUUUCUUUGAGAAAAUGUAGGGUCCUGGCUAGCGUCGCUGUGGUCCAAAAACCUUGUGUUUUUGGCUCAAAUGGAUCUGCCCCGAAGUUCAGAAAGAAGGGAAAAAAAAAAAAAUCGUCCGGGUUAUCUUGAGCAUACUCUCUUAUAUCAUCCUCGUUUACUUGUUAGAUUAUGGUUUAGUUUCACCAGGUGACAUUUCCCUUCCCUCUCGUUUCGUUAAAGAAGCAACAAAAUCCUCUCCUUUUCAAGCCAGCGGUACCGUCGGCUUUUUUCUGACUCUGUCGAGGAGUAGGGUACCGCCAAGGUAUCGCAUAAACUUUACCAAGGAUCCACCAACUCAGUUUUUUCAAGCUUUCCUAAACAGAUGCAAACCUCUCUUCUCAAUCGUCGAAAAUAAAGAGAGUAAUCAACGCCCAAUAAAUCUCUCGGCCCAUGUGCAAAUAUUUGAAGCUACGCACGUUCUUGAAAUAACGUGAUGUAUCAACUAACCUCAGGAUAAAAUUUGACUUGGUGGUUUUCUGAUUUCUUCGAUUAGACUACGCUUCUUGCAGGGCAGCUAGUUGGCAAAUGCAAAACGAGUGCAAUUAUUCCUGCCUAGUCACUAAUGUAAGAAGACUAAUUACUAAGCUUCAAAUAAAUCUCUAAGCCAAAAGAUGGAGUGUGACUGUGCACAGGAUAAGUUGUCAAAUUCAAUGGGAGUUUAGGUUCAUAAAUCCUUAAGUGCAUUAGAAUUAGGAUGUCAUUCAUGGCCAAGAUUUUGAGUUUUUAUGCAAUUUAGAGACCUUAUAGUGAAAAGAGCCAUUGAAGGAAAGUUCAUUAAAGCACUAGGAGGCUACUAGAGUGUUCUUAGCUGUCACUUGGAAAUACAUCUGGACUCUGCAGAGGAAGUCUGGAAGCUGCCACAAGCACUUGUAUCGGUUAUAGUCACACAAAAGAAGAGAUUUAAAAGACGAGCAUGCAAACACUGAAAGGGGAUUAGGAUUAAAAACAAGUUGUGGGCCGGAGUUCUUUUGACAUGUCCUGUCAGAGCGGGCAACCUCGUAUGGAUGGCUCAGGGAACUGCUCUGCUACACACGCUCCCAAUUUUGACCAUACCCAAUGAAGAUCCUGUUUGCCACAUCUUGCCGUGAAUGACCCUUCUCAGGAUAUAUAAUUGAGUGAUCCAUCCCCAUACUCCCUUGCAUUCGUAAGUUAUGCCAACAACCAUUGCAUUUGCUUCCAUUCUUUUUGCAUUUUCCCGCCUUCUUCCACAAACACAAAUUUUCAUGAUGGCCUCGGUUAGCCUCGAGGAGCUUCAUCAUUACCACAAAAUUGAUAGGGAUGUAUUCUCUCGACUGGUUAUACAAUUUAAGCGCGACCCUGCAGAAUCCUUACUUGUCAUGGCUGUUUGGCUGUGGCUUGAAGAGAAGGGUUACCCGAACAUUGUAGUAAAAAUGGUUGGGUUGCCUGAUGCUGUUGUGAGUGCAUUAGCAAAUGAAGCUGUUUUAUGUUUGAAGUGUCUAGAAUCCAAGACUCCUCUUGUAGCACCAGGUGGUGGAAUUCCCCUGACUGCAAGACUUAUGGAAAGGGACAUUUCUUUGCAAAUGUUCAACCACAACAGAUUCAGCGCAAUCAGCGGGAUAAAGAGUUUUCUUAACAGUGUUUGUUGUCAUAUUUUCAACGAUAUUCUACAACGUGCUCUGGAUGGCUGUUCCCAAGUAAUUUUGAACGAGCCUCUUGUGGUUCCUAGUUCUGCACACCCAUUAUUUGGUGCCAUAACUGUAGUACCAAAACCAAUGGGUAGUGAUUUUUCUAUUGGAGGAUUAUGGGAUUGGCAACCAACUGAUGGUGUUACAGAGGAUGAUAGGACAAUGUUUCUGACUUUCUCGCGGGGCUUUCCCGUGCUGGAAGAGGAAGUGAAGGAGCAUUUUACAGAACUAUAUGGGGAUUGUGUGGAGAGUGUCCAAAUGGAGAUCGUCCCUUCCAAUGAGCAACCCUUGUAUGCUAGAAUGGUUUUGCAUUCUGUUACUUUUGUUGAUCGGAUUUUGAAUGGGAAACGCAUAUCCAAAUUUCGGGUCAAUGGCAAACACAUAUGGGCUCGGAAGUAUGAACGCCGAGAAUUGAUCAUCUAAGAGAUCAGCCUGGUUCGAGAACUUUUAAUUUUCCUUUUCUUUCUUUGCAAUUCGCAUCUGUAAUAAACUAUGGUCCUGGGAUGGUGGGGUUUGGAUAUCCUUCUUGAAUGGGCUUUUGCCUUUCCUAUUUUUUGGGCCCAGAAUGGACUUCCGUCAGUGUAGGUUUUUCUAUAAGAUCCCACAUAGGUAGAGACAUCAUAAUUCGAGUUGCAAAUAUGGAAUUUUGGGUUUCUAAAUUCAACUCUUUUGAAGCGUUAAUAUUUCAGAAACAAACGCUAAGAACAGCACGAGCAAGUAUGGCAAUCGAAGAUUUGCUGGAAAAACAUAUUUGUUAGCUGUCAAAUAAAAAGAAGGUGGCGUUGUACCGCAACUAGCCGUGGAACUUGACACAUUCACGAAUGAAUUCGAUCCAGACGGAAAUCAUGCACGUGAUUGGAAUCGGCACAUCGAGCAUGACACAUCCGGUUGCAGCAAAGAGUCUUAACAACAUCGGCAUUGACCUCUUAAGUGGAAGAUACAUCAAGUUGGUCAAAAUUGAUUAUGAUGGUGGGAAUGAUCAUGUGCUUGAUGUUUCAGUGGGAUAUUCUGGGAUCCCAUUAGUGACUGUUCUCAGCCAUUUAAUAAAGAUGGCGUCUGACACAGUUCCAAGUUCUAUUUUUGUGGGCUUGACGGACUCUAACGGGGCUCUCUUGGAAAUGGAAAGCCAUCUGGUUAUUUUUUAUUUUUUAUUUUUUUUAGCCAUCUGGUUAUUGAUUGGGUCUUCACGUCGUCACUGCCAUUACCAUUGAUCCCUUCCAUCCAUCGACAAAAGGCUUGAAAAGGAUGACAAGAUUAAGACCUCAUGUAAUAUUGUUCUUCCAGUUUCCAUGGUUUUGUUCAUGGUAGUUAUUUGCGUCCUUCCAUCAGUUCUAAGAAAGCUGAAGAAGCAACUUUCAAAGGCUACUCACAACUUAAGAAAACGAAAACCUAUUGGGCAGGGGUGGAUAUGGAAGUGUGUGUAUAUAUAGAUAUAUAUAAGGGCAUCAUCUUCGAUCCUCCGAAGACCUAAUUAGCUGUUCAGAGGAGAGUGGUUGGUGGGCUGGGUCAUAUACAGUUGGCUGGCUACUUUGGAACAUGACCAAGCCCAGUGCCAUGGUGCGAGGGAGUGAAUUAAAGAGCUUUACUUCAGUAAAAAUAGUAUAAAUAUGCCAAGAAAAAGAAAGGCGUAAGUAGACAGAGCAGAACGGGUGUUGGUGAGAAAGACAAAAACCAAAAAAAAAAAAAAAAAAAAAAGUUAUGAAGCCGCCCCCCCAUGUCGAUAACUUUAUUCUAUAUACAAAGGUUGGUGACCAGUACUGAUCUAACACGUCAGAGAUUGGUCGUGGAAAAAGGGGGAAUGAUACAGUAUAUUUUAAUUUCCCAGUGCACUGUCAUGAUUUAUUUAAAUUAACGUAAAAGUUUGUUCAUUAUACCGUAAAGUCUGUACGUAACCCCUACAUCGAUCCUUGACAAAAUUACCCGGCACCCCGUGAUUGGGACCCACUGUCUUUAGUUCUUUAAUUCAUUUUUUUUUUUUUUUUAAGCAAGCGGGAACAAAUAAAAUAAUUUUUAAGUAGUUUAUCCCCACCCUUCUGCAAAUUUGAAUUUGAAUUAUAUAUAUGGAUUAUAAAAUUGUUAGGAACCUUCACCCUUCCCCCCUUAACAUCGACCAAGAAAAUAUGGGUACAUUAUCCAGCCAAUAAAAAAACAAAAUGCAUUAUUGCUUUGAUUUUAUUUAUUUAUUUGAAAUGCUAUAUCUGGUUCAGCGCAAUGUGCGCAUAUGUACUCUCUGCAAUAAUGAGUUUUUGAGUCCGUGUUAUAUCUCAGUCAAAUCAAGCUCAAAUAAUAGAUCAGGAAAGAAAAGUCUUUGUAAGGUAAGGAUAUACAAAAUGGUUUUGGUUUGGAAAUUAUUAUAGAAGCAAGCGCGCGGCCAUCAACUCAUCAUCAUCAUCA